AUGACAUUUGUGAAGAACGAGCUGAAGAUGUUCAAGAGGAUUCUUAGUCCAGAACUCCCAGAAGGCUUUGAGAGUCAGAAGCAGGACAAGGAAGUGGUGGACCCUGAAGAUGAGAAGCAGGAGAGCAGCGCCAGAGAGGGGUCCUACAAUACUGUAGACAUUAAAACAGACGUAAUAUUCAUAUCCUCUGUGGUAUUUCUUCAUUCAGAUGAUCUUGCUGUGAUUUGCCAACGUGAACUCAAAUCUAAUCUAAAGAAGAAGUUUCAAUGUGUAUUUGAGGGGAUCGCUAAACAAGGAAACCCAACACUUCUCAAUAAGAUCUACACAGAGCUCUACAUCACAGAGGGUGGAACAGGAGAGGUCAAUAAUGAACAUGAGCUGAGACAGAUUGAGACAACAACCAGGAAACAAGCAAGACCAGAGACUGCAAUCAAAUGUAAUGACAUCUUCAAACCCUUAACUGGACAAGACAAACCUAUCAGAACUGUGCUGACAAAGGGAGUCGCUGGCAUUGGAAAAACAGUCUCUGUGCAGAAGUUCAUUCUGGACUGGGCUGAAGGAAAAGCAAACCAGGAUGUCCAAUUUGUAUUUUCAUUCCCUUUCCGGGAGCUGAAUUUGAUGAAAUUGGAAAACACUUUCAUUGAACUUCUUAAUCACUUCUCAAUGGAAACCAAACAAUCAGGAAUCUCCAUCUACAACAAGUACAAAGUUCUGUUCAUCUUUGAUGGUCUGGAUGAGUGCCGACUGCCCCUAGACUUCCAGAAGAACAAGAUCUGUUGGGACGUCACAGAGUCAACCUCAGUGGAUGUUCUGCUGACAAAUCUCAUCAGGGGAAAUCUGCUUCCCUCUGCUCUCCUCUGGAUAACUACCCGACCUGCAGCAGCCAAUAAGAUCCCUUCAGGGUGUGUUGACCAGGUGACAGAGGUACGAGGGUUCAAUGACCCAGAGAAGGAGGAGUACUUCAGGAAGAGAUUCAGUGAUGAGGACCUGGCCAGCAGAAUUAUCUCACACAUAAAGACAUCAAGGAGCCUCCACAUCAUGUGCCACAUUCCAGUCUUCUGUUGGAUUUCUGCAACAGUCCUUGAACACAUGCUGAAACAUAAGAGAGAAGAGAUGCCCAAGACUCUGACUGAGAUGUACACACACCUUGUGAUGUUUUAUACCAAACAGAAGAAUGAAAAGUAUCUUGGGAAAGAAGAGACAGAUCCACACUGGAAUAAAGAGAGCAUUCUGUCACUGGGAAAACUGGCUUUUCAACAGCUUGUGAAUGGCAAUCUGAUUUUCUAUGAAGAAGACCUGAAAGAGGCUGGCAUUGAUGUCAAUGAAGCCUCAGUCUACUCAGGAUUGUGCACACAGCUCUUUAAAGAGGAAUGUGGGCUGUACCAGGACAAGGUGUACUGCUUUGUUCAUCUGAGCAUUCAGGAGUUUCUGGCUGCUGUAUAUGUGUUCCUCUCAUUCAUCAACAACAAUGAGAAUCUAAUGGACAAACUGCAAUCAACGUCCAGGAACUUUUCUGUGAGGAUCAAACAAAGGCGUAAAGUUACUUUCUACAAGAGUGCUGUGGAUAAAGCCUUACAAAGUGAGACGGGAAACCUGGACCUUUUCCUCCGCUUCCUUCUGGGCCUCUCACUGGAGUCCAAUCAGAAGCACUUACGAGGUCUACUGACAAAGACAAGAAGCAGCUCACAGAGCCAUGAAGAAACAGUCAAGUACAUCAAGGAGAAGAUCAGGGAGAAUCCCUCUCCAGAGAGGAGCAUCAAUCUGUUCCACUGUCUGAAUGAACUGAAUGACCAUUCUCUAGUGGAGGAGAUCCAAAGCUUCCUGAGAUCAGGAAGUCUCUCAAAACCCAACCUGUCACCUGCACAGUGGUCAGCUCUGGUCUUUGUGUUGCUGACUUCAGAAAAGGAGCUGGAUGUGUUUGACCUGAAGAAAUACUCCAGAUCAGAGGAAGGUCUUCUGAGGCUGCUGCCAGUGGUCAAAGCCUCCAGAGCUGUUCUGCUGUCAUUCUGUGGAGUCACAGAGGAAGGCUGUGCUUCUCUGGUCUCAACUCUGGAGUCAAACCCCUCACACCUGAGAGAGCUGGACCUGAGUAACAAUGACCUGAAGGAUUCAGGAGUGAAGCUGCUCUCUGCUGGACUGGGGAAUCCCCACUGUAAACUGGAGACUCUGAGGCUGUCAGGCUGUCUAGUCACAGAGGAAGGCUGUGCUUCUCUGGUCUCAGCUCUGAGGUCAAACCCCUCACACCUGAGAGAGCUGGAUCUGAGCUACAAUCACCCAGGAGACUCAGGAGUCAGACUGCUCUCUGCUGGACUGGAGGAUCCACACUGCAGACUGGAGAAACUCAAGCUGUCAGGCUGUGGAGUCACAGAGGAAGGCUGUGCUUCUCUGGUCUCAGCUCUGAGGUCAAACCCCUCACACCUGAGAGAGCUGGAUCUGAGUAACAAUGACCUGAAGGAUUCAGGAGUGAAGCUGCUCUCUGCUGGACUGGGGAAUCCCCACUGUAAACUGGAGACUCUGAGGCUGUCAGGCUGUCUAGUCACAGAGGAAGGCUGUGCUUCUCUGGUCUCAGCUCUGAGGUCAAACCCCUCACACCUGAGAGAGCUGGACCUGAGUAACAAUCACCCAGGAGACUCAGGAGUCAGACUGUUCUCUGCUGGACUGGAGGAUCCACACUGCAGACUGGAGAAACUCAAUGUGGAACAUGGUGGAGAGAACAGAAUGAAACCUGGACUUAGAAAAUAUGUCUGUGAUCUCACACUGGACCCAAACACAGUAAACAGACUCCUCUCUCUGUCUGAGGAGAACAGAAAGGUGACAUGGAGGAGAGAGGAGCAGCCGUAUCCUGAUCACCCAGAGAGAUUUGAGGACUGGGGACAGGUGCUGUGUAGAGAGGGUCUGACUGGGCGCUGUUACUGGGAGGUAGAGUGGAGUGGAGGGGCUGAUAUAGGAGUGACAUAUAAAGGAAUCAACAGGAGAGGAAGAGGUGAGGACUGUUGGCUUGGAUGGAAUGACAAGUCCUGGAGUCUGUUCUGCUCUGACAACAGUUACUAUGCCUGGCACAAUAAUAAUCCCACUACCAUAGACGUCCCCUCCUCCAGCUCCCCACAGAGUAGGAGUGUAUCUGGACUGGCCAGCCGGCACUCUGUCCUUCUAUAGAGCCUCCUCUGACACACUGACCACCUGAUCACAUUCACCUCCACAUUCACUGAGCCCCUCUAUCCAGGGUUUAGGCUUUAUUUUGACUCCUCAGUGUCCCUGUAAAUAAUAACCUGACACACACACACACACUGGAAACACACACACACACACACUGGACACACACACACACUGCAAACACACACACACACACACACACUGGAAGACUCGUCAGUGUCCCUGAAAUAAUCACAGGUCUUAGGGUUUGGGGUGAUGGUGACUCAGCGUCCCUGAAAUAAGUGAACACACACACUGGACAGAGACACACACACUGGACAGAGACACACACACUGGACAGAGACACACACACUGGACAGAGACACACACACUGGACAGAGACACACACACUGGACAGAGACACACACACUGGACAAAAACACACACACACA